UUCCGAGACUUAGCGAGAGGAGAAGGCGGAAGAGCGAGCUGAAGGUAGAGGUUUGUUUUGACGUUCAGCGGCGAACAUGGAGGCGCGGAUAUUUCUCGUCGCUGUGGUGAGUCUGUGCUGUUUGCUGCUUUGUACUUCGGUGUCUGCAGACGUAUUCGACGGCGUCUUGGGGAAUACCGCAUCCUGCCAUAAGACCUGCCAGCUGACCUAUACCCUGCACACCUAUCCUCGGGAGGAAGAGCUGUAUGCCUGUCAACGGGGUUGUCGUCUGUUCUCCAUCUGUCAGUUUGUGAGCGAUGGCGAGGAACUGAACCAGACUAAGUCCGAGUGCGAUUCAGCUUGCCGUGAGGCCUACAGCCAGUCCAGUGAGCAGUACGCCUGCAGCCUAGGCUGCCUGAACCAGCUGCCGUUUGCCGAGCAGAGACAGCAGCAGCUCUUGGCCAUGGUGCCCAGGAUCCACCUGCUGUACCCCCUGACUCUGGUGCGUGGCUUCUGGAACGAUGUCAUGAGCUCUGCCCACAGCUUCAUCUCCUCUUCUUGGACGUUCUACCUUCAGGCGGACGAUGGGAAAGUGGUCAUAUUUCAGACUGAGCCUCAGAUCCAGUUUGUCCCGCCAUUUGAACUACCGCAGGAUGGAGAGGAGCAGCCUCUGCUCCCAUCCAAACCUGUUUAUAAAGACUACCAGCGCUCCUUCAUCCAGGAACGGGACCGGUACAUGUUCGCAGACAGAGGCCAUGCUGAGGAGGACUACAAUCUGUUCAGUUGUCUUGCAAGGAACCCCUGGCUUCCGGGCUGGAUCCUGACCACUACACUCAUUCUCUCGGUUUUGGUCCUAAUCUGGAUCUGCUGUGCCACUGUUGCGACGGCCAUGGACCAGUAUGUGCCAGCGGAGAAGCUGAGUAUAUACGGAGACAUGGAAUAUGUGACGGAGCAGAAGCUGACGCCGUACCCACCAUCCUCCCUUGUCAUCAUCAGCUCAUUGGCAGAGGAAGAGGCGGGGCCUCUGCCAUCUAAAGUCAGCCUCAACCAGUCCAAUAUUUAGGGGGGGGGGCUCAGCAUUCUGUUCUCUUUGGAUCUUUCUAUUUGCGUUUGUAAUAUCGACUUUCGGAGCCCUUUGUAUGUCUUUUCUGAAUCCUGGUUUUUCAUAGAGAUCCUUCGUAGGGCUGAGGGGGUGAAUUCGUUUGUUUGUAUAUUUGCACUCUUGCUGCCACGCCCUGCGCCCUCUCUGUGUGGCGUGCUGUCCUUUCCAAGCAUUACCAUGUAGUCUGGUGUGGAGUAUAAAUUUCCUGUUUUCUCUCUAUAUGAAGGACGCGUGAGGAUGCAUUGCCUCUGUGUGACCUGCCGUAAAUUCGGGACUGUCUGUGCUGAUUGACUCCGAAUUUAAUGCCAUGGACUUGAAUUGCACUAUUUUUCUCUCAAUUCUUUCUUUAAAAUGGUUGAAUUUUAACCAUGUUGGAAACUUGGAGUAAGAAAUGAGGCCUGGUACUGGCCACAAGGGCACCUCCAGGGUAUGCUGACAAGUCAUCCUGGGCACUGUACGAGUUUGCCUUUGUGUUCAUUAAAAUGGGUUAAAAGCUG